AUGAGGAUUAUUGAGUCAGCCAUGGACUCCAAGCAUUCUAUGACUCCAUUAGCAAGUCCUUUCACUAGUUCUAAGAUGCUAGCUUUACCUGCAGAUGGAGCUGGGAAAGAUAGCCCGAUCUUUGCGACAGGGGCUGGGACCCUGAACGAGGUGUUUGCUUGCUCACAGGGGUCGACGGACAGCAACAGUGCAGCUUGUCUGGAAGAACUAUGCUGCGAGGCAAGUCCCGGCUCAACGUGGAGUGGCUGGGCUACUCGCCUGGGUUGCUCCUCGCCUACAAGACGCCCCAGACCGGGCGCACGCCACGGAGCCCUGGCCGGUAAGCCACGUGAGCACCCGCGCUCGCGCCCGCCACAGCUAGCGUCACUGCAAUGCGCCACGCCUGCGCGCUGCGUCCUGUUGCCUGGCGCUGGCCGGCACUUCCGGCGGGGCCUUCCUGAACCAGUCAUCUGCCGAAACCAAUUGAGAGUGGCCGUGGACCUCUGUCCGCGAGAACCUGUUGUAGGUGGCCACACCAUGGAGCGCCUUGAUAAAGCGGCGCUGAACGCGGUGCAGCCAUCUGACGUCAGAAAUGAAAGUUCAUUAGCAUCUACCCUGAAGACUCUCCUGUUCUUCACAGCUUUAAUGAUCACUGUACCUAUUGGGUUAUAUUUCACCACUAAAUCUUAUGUGUUUGAAGGCGCCUUUGGGAUGUCCAAUAGGGAUAGCUAUUUUUAUGCUGCUAUUGUUGCAGUGGUUGCUGUCCACGUGGUGCUGGCUCUCUUUGUCUAUGUGGCCUGGAAUGAAGGUUCACGACAGUGGCGUGAAGGCAAACAGGAUUAAAGUGAACAUCAUCUUUUCAUAGCAUUACAUUGAUAUUUUAAAAUGGCAAAUGUUUCUGGGAUACUGAUGAUUUCCAUAAAGUUGAAAGAACAUGUUAAAAUCUUUAUCUUAAGGAGUCACAUUUGACUAAUGUAAACUUUAAUCCUUCUAAUACAGUGGUUUGUAUCCUUGAUUUUAACUGUAUGAGCCUCUCAUUUGCAAAUAAGAAUUUGGAAAAAUUAAAUUGGUUACAAAUAAGUAUGUUUAAUUACACAUUAUUCUGUAAAGAAUUUGAUUAUUUUACAACAAAAAUAUUCUGUAGCAUUUUGUUGUUUAGUUGGUUUUGAGUUUUACUUUUCUGGCUCUAUUAAUACGUACACAGUGAGACAGAUGUAAACUUUAUUUUUUGCUGAAAUACUUUCCCUAACUAUUAUGAAACUACCAGGUCAUUGGAUUUUGGGUUGUAAAUUCCUAUGGAAAAUUGUUUAAAUUAUGGAUGCUGGAAUUAUUCUGAAUGUCACUGAAAAAUCUCAAAUAAAAUGUAAUCCCUAGUCAGAAGGAAUCUUUCAUUACAUUAUUUCAUGGUGAAACUAGGUUGAAUUCCACCUGUUUUACAUGAACUGCUUAAUUGAAGGAUCUCAAUAGCAAAGUAGAGCUAGCUUCCUAGACCAUGGCCUGCUCCCUAAAGCCCCCUUGAAAGCCAGCUUAUGCUUUAAUACCAACUCUUUAAUAUAAUCUACUUUGCUCUUGUUCAAUAAUAAAGUUAUGCUUUAAUUACCAGGUUUGUGUAAAUUCCCUUUAAAUUUGUUUUUCUUACUGUUUUUAUAAUGCAUAUGAUAGGGAUUUACAUUUUAAAUGUUUAUUUUUGCGUACUUAGGUAGUGUGAACAAUCUUGAAAAUAGAUUGUUUUUAUCAUCCAGGAAGUAUUCUUAGUAUUUCUAGUCUAGUAUUUUUAAUCAGACCUGUUAUUUCCCAGGUAUGUAUAAUUAGAUAAUUCUUAAGGCCUUUUAUGAUAGAAAAAGACCUUGUGUUUUUAUUUUAGUAUCUUUAGUCUGUUCUUUCUAACCACUUGGUUACAAAUUCCAUUUGUAUGCAAUCUAAAAACACACCUGGAAAAAUGCAUAUUUAAAAAAGAAGAAAAUUUAAAUUCCCUAUAUUUUUGCCACCUGGAGAAAACCAGUAUUUUGGUUUAUAACCUGUGUGCAUUUCUUAAUGGUAAUUCAGUAUUCACUGAACAUUUGGAUUAAGUUUAAAUCCUGCCAACUUUUCCUGACAGCUAUUUGCAUUUUUUUUUCCACAGGAGUGAUCAGUGGCCAUUUUCUUAAAAACGCGCACGCGCGCGUGCGCGCGCGCACACACACACACACACACACACACACUCUACCUUUAUUCUUUUAAGGAGGUAUCUUAUUUUUCAAAUUUCCUGUUAUUACUAAUUCCUGUUUGCAAUUACCAAUUUGUUCACUCCUAGUUUUGAUGUUGUGCAAUUGGAUGGAUUGGAUUCUUGUUUAGUUAAAUGUCUCUAGUUUAAAAUGUCUUUAAGCAGUUAUUCUAAAUGUAAAGUGUUUUCCUAAAAAAAAAGACUACAGUUUUAGUAUAAAAUUGUACAACUUUAAUAAUGAAAUUAUUAAAUGUGGGAUACUGUGUAGUAGAUUUCUAUAUAGUCCCCUGUUUAGAUGCCUUGUUGUACUUAGAAUUGUUAUCUACCUAAUUUCUUUUUCUAUAAUGCCAAAGUUUUUCUUAUACUUUUGCAAUGUUAUGCUACUUGUAAAAUAUUAAUGUCCAAUGUUGGAUUAUUUUGUUUGAUUUUCAACAUUUGCUAAGUAGAUAAUGAUAAGACUAUUUUUCUGCAAGUAUUUAAACCAGGGAUUCAUGCAAAAGCAGUUGUAAUUUCCUCUUGAAAAAAGUACCAUGUGUUUCAAAUUUAGAAUUAGAUGCUAGGGUUGAUAUUUAGGAUUAUUACAAUAGAUUUGUUUUCAAACCAGUUCAUUUUUUUCCUGGGGUUUCAACUGUAAACUCGUUAGUUUGCUCCUGUUGAAAUAACAUGGUAUUUGACAUACAGAUUUAUUUUUCACUAGUUUUCUCGUGCACCAUGUACAUACUUCAGGAUGUAUAGAAAGAAAAGCUAUGAUUGAGCCCUCAUACAUGUUUUAAGGUAGGGAUAUGUUUGCUGUUGUUUGAAAACUGAUUGUAAGAAUAACCACAAGAAGGGAGUGUAACUUAAAAUGUCAGCACAAACUACUGAUUUAACCCCAUUUACUGUAACAUAUUGCCUUCCUUGCUGUACCUCCCAGUUUGCCCCCCAGAAUAUAAUCUUUCCCAUUGUGCUGAAAACUGAAGUCUUCUGUAGAAUGCAUCUGAUGUCAUCAGUUCUUCAAGUGGAUACCAUUUUACAUGUAGCAGCAAAGUUCAGUUUUGAGUUCUUACUGAAGAAAUUUAAACCAUUAACUUAAAAACAACAACAACCCUGUGUUUCCUGGGAAUCUGACUGAAAUACUUUGUAAUAAUUAGACUAUUUUUAUCAAUAAAAAUCUCAUCAGCUUUGCCAAAAGAGGCAACUGAUUGACUUUUUUGGUAUUCAUUUUCCAUUUUCACAUAAAUUUUAUGUAUACCUGUAGACUACCCAAGGAGACCGGUAAAAACAAUUAAAUAAGGUGUGUCCAAGGAAAGAUGAAAGCUGAAGGUGAAACAUAACAUUGAAAUCCUGUUUUAACUGUAUGUAGUGUGUAUUUCUUGUUCCUAGACAAGUUCAUGUUUAUUGUUUCAUGCUUAAGUGAAGUUGGAGACUGCUCUUAGGACCCUUUCAUAAAUCGUUCGGCUAUGGUACCAACUUGUCACUUGUCUUAGGUCAGCAGCAGAUUUCUCUGCUGUCAGGCACUCUGCAUUCUCUACCAGAGUAGUACAAUUUUAUUAAAUCACACUUGACUCAUUUUGUAAGAGCUGAAUUGAAGCAGCAUAUUAAUAACUUCACAAGUUUUUUAUUUCUUUUUUUGCAGGAGGAAAGGGUCCCCUGAGAAAAUAAGUUAUUUUCAGGGACUUUGGGAACCUAAUGAUAAAUAUUACAUGUAAUAUAUGAAUAGCUUAAUCCCUUAUAUAUUUAUUAAAAUAAUCUAGAAUUCUUCAACUUACCAUCACUCCUAUCCAUGGUUUCCUUGCCUGUUUUUCUUGCUACGUGUACUUGAACGUAAUAUCUGCAUUUCUUUUAAGAUGUUCUACAAGUCAUAUCUGUCAGUUACACAAACUAGUCUUCCUUUUUCUCAGGUUCAGUGAAAUGUCACUGAACAGUAAUAAUAGCAAUAGCUAACAACAUCUGCACAGCACCUUACAGUUUGCAAAGAACAUUCACAUAUUCUUGAGUUUUGCUUAGUGAACCUUUUUACCUGAUGUCACUUGACAUCAAUGCUUAAAAGUGUGAAUCUUUAAAUCACUGGAGUCAUUGAAUAUGCUGUAGUCUUGAAUAGUACCAUGACUAGGGGAAGGCUUUAGAUGUGCUAUGAUGAAAGCUGUGUGUAAUUAUCGAAAUGGGGGACUUGAAUUCUUUAGCCACUUGAAUCAGAUUUUCUUUCGUUAGUGAUGCUUUUUAACCAUUAUCUGAGUGGACUUUAUAUUCAUUAUGUUCUAGCUCAUAAUCUGUAUAAAUUUACUAUCUGUUGUCAUUAAAAGGGUAUCUGUAAUGCCACUUCGAUGUGUCCUGAUUUAAUAACAACUCUAUUAAAUAAACUCUUUGUUUUUUAA